UUCCUGCAACUGUCAGUUCUUCACACUUUCUCCUUCGUUCUGACGCAUGCUCAUGCUCUCAUAGCACGUUCUUUGCCAGCCUUGUCAGUCAGCUUCGAGUGCCAGAUGCGUGGGUUGAGUUACAAGCAAGUGGUUGAAUUUAUUGGCAAAGAUGAGGACGAGGUUGUGGACAUUUGAAGAAAGUUGGGCCAUUGUGUAUGCGUGGUCUGAUCUCCUUGCGGCGGAGAAUCGUUUUUUCUUUUAGUUUUGUGAUUGAAAAAGGGGAAAACUAUGGCAGUCGGGAAAGCUGUGUUGGAGGCUUUUGGUUUUAUUUGCAGCGCUGCGUUCUGGAGAGCGGGAGUGCUCUGGACUCUUUCUCUCAUCUUUUCUCAUUUGAAGCUAAUCACUCAAACACGUAAGCGUUACUCUCGUUGUUCGCCUAAGGACUCGAAUUUCGCCGCCGACGCUGUGCAGAGGCCGGUGUGCAUAGUAACGGGGGCUACAUCUGGAUUGGGUGCUGCAGCUGCACAUGCUCUUUCCAAGGAAGGGUUUUAUGUUGUUCUAGUUUCUAGGUCAUCUGAAAAGCUGAUGAAGGUUAUAUCUGAUAUCAAGAGGCAAAAUCAUGAGGCUUGUCUGAAAGCUUUUGAGGUCAAUUUAUCUUCCUUCAAGUCAAUCCUUGAGUUCAAACAGUUGUUUCAGCAAUGGCAAAGGGAUUCGGGCAUGCAUUCAUCUAUUCAACUCUUGAUAAAUAAUGCUGGGAUCCUGGCAACAUCACAAAGAUUCACAUCUGAAGGAUACGAUGAGAUGAUGGCUACUAAUUAUAUUGGACCAUUUUGUCUUACCAAAACUUUACUUCCCCUUCUGGAAAAUAGCCCUACCCCUGCUCGUGUGGUCAAUGUGUCAUCAUUUACUCACUGGAGUGUUUGCUGCAAGCGGGCAGACCUCGAAGCUGUUACAGGAAGGUGUUUUCUGAAAUCAAAAGGCUACCCGUAUGCACAUAUUUAUGAGUACUCUAAAUUUUGCAUGCUGCUCUUUGCAUAUGAGCUUCACAAACAAAUUAGUCUCCUGGAGAAAUCUCAGCACAUCUCUGUUGUUGCUGCGGAUCCUGGGAUGGUGAAGACCAAUAUCAUGCGGCAAGUUCCUCCUUGUCUUGCAGAGAUGUCAUACAUAGCUCUCACACCUUUGGGUGUUGUUCGGUCCUCUGAAGAAGGCGUGUCCUCUGUCCUAGAUGCCGCACUAGCUCCUCCAGAGGUAUCGGGAGUUUACUUUUUUGGAGGAAAUGGUCGAACUCUGAAUUCUUCCCCACUUUCUUACAAUGCCAAUCUUGCUAAAGAACUCUGGACUACUUCCUGCAAUCUGUUUGAAGAAUUGCAGAUGGCUUCCUGACCCUGCGAACUCUGUUGCUUAUGUUCCGACUUUCAUCAACUUUUUAUUAAGUUCUAACUUAGAAUUUUGUUGUUGUAUGAUAAUCAAAUAAAACAUGUUUAAUUCCAUUGUCAUUAUUCAAAAUGGGAAUCCCUCGUAACACUGAAUAAUACUGACACUGAAUGUAUUGAAACUUCAAAACUGAGAACCACAUACACUCUUCUAUAAGAUAUUGAGUGGCUUCGUGUUAUCUAUUGUAAACCAAAUGUAAACUCUUUUAGUGUACUCUAGUCAUUCUUAUUAAAAAUGUG